AUGGGACAGCCAACGAGCACUGCAACAGAAAAGGUGGUGCAGCGGCAGCAGGUUCUAGUGGUGAUGAUGUUGCUUGCUGCUAACGAGUUCAUAGAUGAUACAACCGAGAGACCAAAUGUCGGAGGGGAAAGAGUACUGAUGUUGCUGCGGCAGAGAAGCAAAAUCCGCAAACCAGCAGCAAUUCAGUUGCUGCUGCAUCCUGGUGAAGCAUCCAUGAAGCUGGAGGCACUAACAGCUCGGCAACAGAGACAGACACAGAAAGGAGAUAGCCUCUUGACAACGCCAACAAAAGAAAUAAAGCUGUGCAGCAAGCAGUAG